AUGGAUAUACUUUGCGAUGCCGUAGAGUCCGAUCUUCUGACUUCUUUCUUGGCCCCUUCGCCGCAAGAGCAGCGCAGCACAAAGCGCGUCAAGGUGGCCGACGAUGGUGCAUCCCCGCCUGCUUCACCACACAUUUGCCAUAUCUGCAAAAGGGUAUAUGAAAGAGCGGACCACCUGACAAGACAUUUGCGAUCGCAUGAGAACGCGCGUCCAUACCAAUGUUCACGGUGUCCGAAGCGAUUCAAUCGAGCUGACCUGCUAACACGACACGAGACAACACACGACAGGGAUGACGGCGGAAAAGGCAAGUCCAUUAUACGGAGAAGUGAUCGCGCAGCAGAAGCUUGUGUAAACUGUGCUGCCUCCAAAGCGAAAUGUGACGACCAAAAGCCCUGUGGCAGAUGCCGAAGCAAGAGCUUAGCGUGUCAAACUUUUACCAAGCGCGGCUCAGCAUACGGCAACUCGGACGGUAUGUCUUCCAAAUAUUCGGUCACUUUGAUCCUCCUUCUUUGGCUUUGUGCAGCCGACCUAACUGUUAUAUCAGCACCAACAGCCGAGCCAUCCUCGGAUAGCCCAGGGAUGACAAGUAAUUCGGCCACAACGGUCGACACUCAUAACGGGAUGUCUUUUCACACGGAGCGCAGAGUACAGUUUCUUUCGGAUCAGAGCUUGGAAGUAGAGAAUAGCGUUACGGCGACUUCGUUCAGUACGGAUUUUGUGCCGCAACCGUUGGCCGCGGACGACAUGUUCUACUUCAAUCCUACUCACAGUUUCUAUCCGGAUAUGGACUUUACUACUUCUUGGGAGCUCAAUUUUGACAGCUACACUAUACCGCAGGUUGAUCUGAUAGGACCGAGUCCCCAGUCAUCUACUACGUCUGCAACUAAGCAUCCAGUACGCGAUCCUAAUCGCGGCUAUGCGGCAUUCAAAAGAUCACCAUGGCUCUGGGAACCGAAGACAAAAGACUCACUCGGAAAUGAGCAAGAGGGCUUGAUGUUUAACGAAAAGUCUAUCGCGCAUUCUCCAGCCUACGAAAAGAUGCUAGCCUCCAGCACCAACAAGCGUUUAAAGAUGGAUCCAACAAUCCGAGACAAGCUGUUUGCUCUAGUCUUAUCCCAGCAUAAACACCCUACCAAAGUACCCUCGUUUCCUAGCCUAGAUCUGCUCAAUUAUCUGCUACAAACGUAUUUUGUUCAGGAUGACUACCAGACGGACAGUUGGAUACACUCAGCUUCUUUCGACCCUUCGUCUGCUAUACCCGAGCUCUUGGGAGCUUUAAUAUCAAGCGGUGCGACAUUCAUCGCAGACCCUGCGAUCUGGCAAUUUGGUCUUGCUCUGCAGGAAGUUGUGAGAAUGGGACUUUCUGUAGUGUUCGAAAACAAUAAUUCCAAAACCAGGGAUCUCCAGUGCCUUCAGGCUUUCAUAUUGGAACUCGAUAUAGGCUUAUGGAGUGGCUUCAAACGUAAGAUGGAGAUGGCAGAGAGCUUUCUCCUGCCCCCGGUCACCAUGAUGCGACGCGCCGGGACAUUCUCUACACCAGCUGACACGCCGUACCUCGUCCCUUCUCCAAAAGACUCGCUCGAAGAAGUUGAGGCGAAGUGGCAGAAAUUCAUCAAACGAGAGUCUUACAAGAGACUUGCUCUCCACGUGUACUUCCAUGAUGGCCAGGCUUCUGUCGCAUUACAGAAUAAGCCACUCAUGUCAUAUACCGAGCUGUCCUUCAGCCUCCCAGCAUCUCGAGAUCUGUGGCGGGCACCGACCGCUGAGGCUUGGAGGGAGAUCUACCUUCGAAAGAAGCCAUUACCUUCCGGCAUUACGCUUCCGAAGGUGAAUGAGCUCAUGCAUUCCAUCACGCUACUCGACACGUUUGAAGAGUUUGUGGAUAUGGAGCUUUGUUACAGUGCCGUAUUGUACGGAUUCUGGGGCCAGAUAACUGCAUACAGAGAAGCAGUACGAUUUUACGACCAUCACUCAACGGCAGACAAUCGCCGAGCAUCUGUCACCCAUCGUCUUUGGCUGACUUCUCAGCAUCAAGAACUCUACCGCGAUGUGUCAGAGUUCGCCAUGCUUAUUAGUAGCUCCCCAAAGCUGGCAACACAGUUGUCAGUUGUGGCAGAAUUGUUCAUGAUGAUUUUGCACGUCUCACCUGAUGAGCUUCAGCGCUUCGCAGGCAAACACGGUGAGGAUGAAGCAAGACAUGCUGGUGGAAAUCUAGAAGACAACUGGGCUGGCAGCCGAGACGCGCGUCACGCCGUAUGGCAUGCUGGCCAGGUGAUUCGCAACGGACGAAUACUGCCUCCUGCAUCUUUGCGAGGGUUCAAUGCUAUUGCCGUCUAUUACGCAUCGCUGGCCCUAUGGAUUUAUGGUCUUCUGUCGUGCUCCAACUCUACCCAAGGACAAAGACCACCGCAAAUGCUUGCGCCGCCGACUUAUGUGCUGGUAGACGGCAACGAGAGCAGGGAGACCCGCGCUUUUCUCCAAUUGGACAAGGGAAUACCGGGCAUCACUCUCAACGGCGAUGUUCACUCUGGCGUUGAGUCCUUAUCGAACCCGGGGAUGGUCCUGAAUGUCACGAGGAAUGUCUUCAGAGAUAAUUAUCCUGUCCGCACAGAGCCGUUGCCUCCGCUGGUUGAGAGUCUAGGCAAUCUUUUGAGAGACCUUGGAACCGGGCCUGCGGGUCGCGCUUCCAGGGUACAAAGUCGAGCGGCCAGCGAGGACAGAGGGUCGUAG